AUGCCUCCUGCUCAGAAGAAGUCACCAACGCGAACGUGGACCGAGAUCGCUGAAGACGCUCAAAGCUAUCGAGAUGCUACGAUAACCUCUUUGAAUCCGUCAGCACCCUGUCUCCCUUCGGUUUUGCCGAAGAACGUCCUGCAUAUGCCUGGUGAGCUGCUUGAUCAGUCUGUUUCGUCGAUCACAAAACUGCUUCCUGAGGAGCUACUCGUGUGUCUCGCGAACGGCCAGCUGUCUGCUGUACAAGUCACCACUGCUUUCCUGCAACAUGCUGCCAUAUCACAAAGCCUAUCAAACUGCCUUACGGAGCUCCUACCUACCCUUGCUCUAGAGCGAGCAAAGGAGCUCGAUGUUUACUUCCAGGAGUACAAGCGUCCAAUUGGCCCCCUGCACGGCUUACCCAUCAGCCUGAAGGAGCAUCUUGGUCUUCAAGGACUUCGGUGCACGACUGGGUACGUCUCACACUGGGACACCAUCGCUAAAGAAGAUGCGCACAUCAUCCAGGUGCUGCGAGAUGCAGGCGCCGUCUUUCAUUGCAGAACGACAGUACCGCAAACAAUGAUGCAUCUUGAGACAGACUCGAAUCUUUAUGGUGUUACCACAAACCCAUACAACCGCAACCUCACAUCUGGUGGAAGCUCCGGUGGCGAGGGCGCACUCAUCGCCCUCCGUGGCUCUUGCCUGGGCAUUGGCUCUGACGUAGGAGGCUCAAUUCGAAGCCCAGCUGCGAACUGUGGUAUCUACGGCCUAAAGCCAACAGCGUUUCGAUUACCGACCGAUGGCUGGGGUUACAUGAUGGCUGGUGCGGAUACCGUCGAGACCGUAGUCGGGCCACUCUCGACUUCGUUGCAAGGAUUGAGGAUUUUCAUGAAGACUAUAAUUGACUCAGAACCUUGGCUCGAAGAACCUGCGCUGAUACCGAUGCCCUGGCGUCCCUACACAGUACCUACCGAGCGGCCAUUGCGUAUAGGCGUGCUAUGGCACGAUGGAAUUGUGCGACCGCAUCCACCAAUUACACGUGCCUUGAAGCUCGUCACAGAUAAGUUGAAAGAACACAACAUCGAGAUCGUCGAUUUCGCGCCUCACUUACACGAUGAAGCAUGGGCAAUUUUAUCCUCGCUGUACUACCCCGACGGUGGGAAAGCCGAUUCUGAGGACAUGGCCUCUUCCGGCGAACCAUGGCGACCACUUUCCGAGUGGAUCAUCAAAGACAACCCGUGCGUUAAGAAGCUCUCAGUAGGCGAACUAGCAUACUGGUUUGAAGAGCGCGAAGCGUAUCGCAAGGAGUAUGCACUACACUGGAAGAAUCACGGCAUCGACGCAUUGCUCUGCCCUGUAGGCCCUGGCGUAGCGCCAAAACACAAUACAGCGAAAUACUGGAACUACACGAGUCAGUGGAAUCUGCUCGACUAUCCGGGGCUUGCGUUUCCUGUGUGUAGAGUCGACAAAAAUCAGGACAGUUGGAACGGUGGUGAGCGGUUGUUGGGCGAGCUUGAUGAGGUUAACAGGAAUCUUUGGGACUCUGAAGAGUUCCAUGGUGCACCUGUGGGGCUGCAGUUGGUCGGCAGACGAUUCGAGGAUGAGAAGAUCGUCGGCAUUUUUGAGCACAUCGCUGAAAAAAUCGGUUUACCUUUCGAGGUAGCCAUAUGA